AAGGGUCCAGGGGUUGUUCAUAUACAGGUCAGCGUAUCUACUAGACAGGGGACUUCUGUGUUUGUUGCACUGCGACUUUUAUUCCUGAAAUCAUGUUUCCAGUGAUUCUGCUUCUGAUGGGCCUUUCUGGCCUCGCUUUGCCAGUCCAAGCAGCAACGGGUCUAUUGGAUGACAUUUUCGGUUUAGUUGAUGAAAUAUUUGACUAUGCUGUUAAUGACAACACAGAGGAAAUAUCUUCAGCUGAAAUCAAUGAAACUAUCGAUUGGAUUUUUUCCUUUUUCGAUGAACCAGAAGUGUGUGAUCCAAAUCCAUGCCAAAACAACGGAGUGUGCGAGGUUCUUGAGAGCGGUGGCUUCAAAUGCAUCUGUAAAGAGCCUUACAUUGGAAAAAAGUGUCAGGAUGAGAGGAACUUUUGUAAGAAAGUGAAGUGCGGUCAUGGUGAUUGUGUCAGAACUCAAGAGGCCCCGUUUUAUGAAUGCAAAUGUCACCCUCCCUAUAAGGCCCCUGAGUGCAAAAAAGCCUCUGCUUGCAAGCCGAGUCCAUGCCUGAAUGGAGGAAAGUGUGUUAAAGGCCGAACCAGAUCCAGAUUCACAUGCAAAUGUCCUGAAACUUACAGUGGGAGGUUCUGCCAAGUCGGUCCAAAUGAUUGCUAUGAGGGGAACGGGGAGUCGUACAGAGGUUUUGUCAGUGAGACAGUGGAAGAAACUGAAUGUUUACCGUGGAACUACUAUCUUAUACCUUCAAAUGAGUUUAAAGGGAACGAGAGCAUUGGAGCCCACAAUUACUGCAGAAAUCCGGAUGGAGACCGGGAACCCUGGUGCUUUGUGAAAGACAAGGGCAGUCUUCGGUGGGACUACUGUAACGUCAAGCUAUGCUCUACACCAGAACCGGCAAAACCUUCAACAACCCCUGCAAAACUGCAGUUCUCUGAAUGUGGAAAGACUCAGGCUAGUAUGAUAUCUCCGAGGAUAUUUGGUGGGAGGAAGUCUCUGCCUGAAGCCCAUCCCUGGCAGGUCUCGUUUCAGAACCGCCCCAUGGGUUCUAAUGCAUCAUUCAGUCACAGCUGUGGAGGAACCCUAAUUGACUCCUGCUGGGUCCUAACUGCUGCUCACUGCAUCGAUGAGAACGAGGAGGUGAGGUUGGAGAUGGGUGGUGUGAACCUGAAGAAAGAUGAUCCUGCAAAACAGUUUCUUGAGGUGGAGAAAAUCAUUGUUCACGAGAACUACACAGAGACUCCUCAAGCCCUGUAUAACGAUAUAGCACUGUUGAAAUUAAAGGCAAUAAAUGGGCGGUGUGCCAAUGAGACCAGGUCUGUUAAGGCAGCCUGUCUCCCCAAUGAUUCAUUCCCUGAUGGAACACUUUGCACAAUAUCAGGCUAUGGAACAACUGAGAAAGAGGAUGCCGUCUCUCCUCAGCUGCUGGACGCCAAAGUUCUCUUAAUCUCUCAGAAGCGUUGUAUGUCUCGUAAUGUUUAUGAGAACAGACUGGAUGAUUCCAUGAUGUGUGCUGGAUAUAUGCAGGGAAAGACUGACUCUUGUCAGGGUGACUCUGGUGGACCCCUUGUUUGUCAGAAGGAUGAGACUCAUUACAUCUAUGGUGUUGUGAGUUGGGGUGACAGCUGUGGAAAGAAGAACAGGCCUGGAAUAUAUGCCCGUGUCACCAAGUUCAUGGACUGGAUCAAUGAAAAGAUGCAUACAUCUUAGGAUGGCUACUUCCAAGGUUUGAGUUUAACGAUCUAAUAUCUGAAAGAGUUUACCUAAAUAAACCAAUUUACAACUGAUGUAAAAAAUUAGAGAUCUACAAAAAAAAAAAAAGUCCAAUUAGUUACCAAGGGUGUAACAAUAUCGGUUUCUAAUCGUUCUAAAUUAAAAACUGGAUUAAAUUUUAAAAUGUGCACACAAAUCAGAAGGAAAAUAAACUUGAGUUUGAAGGAGUGAGGUUAAGUAGA